UUCUAUAAAUAUUUUUAAGAAAAUCGUAUAGAUGGCGCUGCGAACCAAUCGCGAUUCGUGAGGGCUUGCUCUUCCCGGUUGCAAGUUGUCAUCCCUCCCAUUUCGGAAUCCCUCUCAGGCUCACCUCUUCUUCUCUCUGAUUCGGCUUUUCUUUUUAUUUAAUUUCUCUGUGAGUCGAGUUGAUUUGGAUUAGCACGGCACUAUGGCCGUGAGUGGAGUUGAGAAGUCGAAGAGGGUGGUCGUUGUGGGUGGUGGGAUUGCCGGAGGCAUCAUCGCGAAGACGCUGCAGUCGCGGAGCGAAGUAACUCUUAUUGAUUCCAAGGAAUACUUGGAGAUACCAUGGGCACAGUUGAGGUCAAUGAUAGAACCAUCUUUUGCAGAAAGAACAUUGAUCAAGCACUCUGAAUACCUAACCAAUGCUACAAUCAUCACAUCACAUGCAACCAAUGUAACUAAUCAUCAUGUCCAAACAGAUGAUGGCCAAACAUUUCCAUUCGAUUAUCUUGUGGUAGCAACUGGACACGCAGGUUCUACCAAAGUAAACAGGAAGGAUAGACUCAAGCAUUUUCAGCAAGAUUAUGAAAAGAUUAAGGCCUCGAACUCCAUUUUAAUCAUUGGUGGUGGUCCAACUGGGGUUGAGCUUGCCGGAGAGAUUGCUGUUGAUUUUCCGGAGAAGAAAGUGACCAUUGUUCAUAAAGGGCCUAGGUUAAUAGAAUUCAUAGGCCCAAAAGCAUCAAGAAAGACAUUCAAUUGGUUGAUUAAAAAGAAAGUGGAAGUGAUUUUGGAACAAACGGUUGAUCUACAGUCCAUAUCAGAAGGAGAAGGAGUUUAUGUGACAUCAGAUGGAGAAACCAUCUCUGCUGAUUGCCAUUUUGUUUGUGUGGGCAAGCCGGUGGCUUCAUCAUGGCUACAUGAUUCUAUCUUGAAGCAGUCCUUGGACAAGAAGGGGCGGUUAAUGGUUGAUGCGAACUUGAGAGUGAGAGGUCGCAAUAACAUUUUUGCCAUUGGAGACAUUACUGACAUCCAUGAGCUCAAGCAAGGAUUCGUUGCAGAAAAGCAUGCUUUAGUGGUGGCCAAAAACCUGCAACUAUUGAUGAGGGGAGCUCCUGAUAAGAAGCUUGAGACAUAUACUCCUUCGCCGCCCAUUGCAAUGGUUUCCUUAGGAAGAAAAGAGGCAGUUGCUCAGUUUCCCUUUGGCACGCUUUUUGGAUGGGUUCCAGGGUUGAUUAAAUCGAAGGAUCUAUUUGUGGGCAAGACAAGGAAGACCUUGGGGCUUAAAUCCACAUAAAUGAGUUAAAUUUUAUUGUAAAAAUGAUCUUUCAAGUCAUAUUGAAUAUGAAAUUUCUCAAAAUUGCUCACUCCAGAUGUUCUUCAAACAUCAUCUCUUCACUUUAUAGACUAAUUAGUUCCUAAAUUUUGAA